AUGAUAGUCAUUGAAUUGAGAGCAGGACAAGUAUCAUUCCGAUUUAUUGACAACUCUAGGAUCAUGCAGAGGGGCAGCAUUCCUUGGCUGGCAGCUUUGGCAGGUUUAGCUUUAUUUGUCAGCGGCUGCAAUGGAGGUGAGUUAUCUGAAAUCGAGCUAUUUUUCAACUUCAUUCGUGCUCUUGAUCCCAAAACUGUAUUGAGAAUUGAGUGGAGUCGGUCACUACGACAUCCAUGUUCAAAUCAGUGGAAUGUAGUAGUUAGAUGCAAGGUGGUUAGUCUAUUUGGCCGCCCUGUAACAGAAAUCAGACUUCAAAACCUGAACCUUAGUGGGAUUCUGGAUGCAGAGACACUAUGCAAACUACCAAAUUUGUGUGUGCUUAUCUUAGCCAAGAAUCGAAUCCGAGGGACCGUCCCCGAUUCCAUAGCAAAUUGCAAAAGCCUGAUGCACUUGGACUUGAGCAACAAUUUGUUGACAGGAAGCCUACCUGCAGUAGCUCUUAGUAAGCUGAAAAAUCUUAAAAGAUUUGAUAUUUCUAACAAUCAUAAUGGUAGUACGGAUCCUCAAUUGAAUCGUGAAGCCAGACGUGUGAGGAAAUAUUGGCUUGUUUCAGAAAUAUCACAAGCCAAUGCUAUUAGCAAAGGCGAAAAUUCAAAUCAAAGAUAUGCAUUCUCUCCAGCUCCAGAAGAUGUAUCACAUGGCAAGCAAAGUUCAAAGAAUGAUGAUAAUCCGCGUAAACAUUGGCAAUCGUGGAUGGUCGUCAUAGCUAUGGGAGUCACAUUUGUUCUGCUGCUCAUAUUUUUCACGAAGCUGAAAGCUGUCCAAGCAGCUAAAGACACAGAGAUUACAAGGGAACUCGCACUCUCUCUUUCCCCCCCGAAAAGUCCUCAUGUCGAGAUUGUGGUAGAAGAAAAGGCGGAAGAACGACAUUCAGAGCUCGUGUUCUUCAUAGAAAAGCAUGAAAGGUUUGGUUUGGAAGAGCUUCUUGAAGCUUCAGCUGACCUGCGAAGGCCGGGGCAUUGUAGCAGUCUUUACAGGGUAAGACUGAAGAAUAAUGCCACUUUUGCCGUCAAAAGAUUGAAAAAGUUGCAGGUGUCCUUUGAGGAGUUUGGCCAAACAAUGAGAAAGAUUGGGAAUUUGAAGCAUCAAAACAUCCUAUCUCUUGUGGGUUACAAUUCCUCUAAAGAGAAAAAACUCUUAAUCUACAGAUUUCAAAAUAAUGGAAGUCUACUAACUCUGUUCAACGAUUAUAUCGAGGGCAAAAGGAAUUUGCCAUGGAAACUUCGAUUAUCAAUAGCAAUUGGGAUAGCGAGGGGAUUGAACUUCAUAUAUCAGUGGCCUGAAGACGGGGAGAUCAUCCCCCAUGGCAACAUUAAGCCUUCAAACAUCAUGUUGGACGAGAAGGAAGAACCACUCAUUAGUGAAUAUGGAAUUGCAAAGUUUUUAGUUUCCAACAAAGCACGUUUCUUCAACUCCUCCAGUUACGCAGCACCUGAAAAACGACUGACUGAGCAGGCAGAUGUUUACAGCUUUGGAGUGAUCCUUCUUGAGCUAUUAACAGGGAAGUUUGCAGAAAUGCAGAAGAAUGGGUUGGACCUUCCGAAGUGGGUGAAGGCCAAGGUGCGCGAGGAAUGGACCGGAGAGGUCUUUGACAAGGAGAUUGAAAAGUUUGAGAUGUAUGGUUUUUCACUGUUAAACAUCUCUCUCAUGUGUGUGUCAGAAUUGCCUGGAGACCGACCUUCCAUCUCUGAAGUACUGCAGAAAAUACAGGAAGUCGUAACUGCUCAAGAAGAUAUUUCUUCCUCCUCCACAAAUUCUGUUGAAUCAAUCUAG